AUGUGGAACCACUCCGACAAGAAGCUCCUGUUCUCCUCGGUGCACGAGUUGGAGAUGGCUCGUGAUCCAGCGGAUCUGACACGCCACGCGGUGUCGAGGCACGACAGGCGGAGACUCGAGGCCCGGGAGUCUAGGAAGACUAUAGUGAGGGAAUGUCUUGGGGUUGAUGUGGAUUUCAACGAGCGGGUUGGGAGGAGUGAGUGGGAGAAGUAUAAACUUGAUAACGAGCAGAUCUUGUAUGCUGCUGUUGAUGCGUACUGCUCCUUCUUGAUCGGCAAGGAUUUGAGGGCUUGGGAGCUCUGA